AUGUACGGUAGAAUGAUAACUCCUGUGCGGUUCCGCACUGCUGGCACCCGGCUCCACUUCAGCACAGGUCGGCUUGUGCUGAACGCGGGCCACCAGCACCAGCAUUCGCACACCACGCCGCCGCCAGCAGCGCCAGUGUCGAAAACUCCGUGGUCCAAAGUGAAGGACUUUUUCAACCCGCAUCUGCCCAUUUCCCACCUGGGAGCACACUCCCACUCGCAUUCGGGCGGCCACUCCCACUCGCACGAUCCCGACUCCGCCAAGUUGUACGAUACCAAAGACUGGGCCAAUGAGGGGGUGAAGAUCACCUGGAUUGGACUCGGGGUUAACGUCACCAUGGCCGUUUCCAAGUUUGCAGGCGGGCUGUACUUCCACUCGCAAGCCCUGGUGGCCGAUUCCGUGCAUGCCGUGGGGGACCUGGUGUCCGACGUGCUGACUUUGUCCACCGUCAAGUACAGCACCAGAAAGCCCAGCGAGCUGUAUCCGUUUGGGUUUGGCAAGGUGGAGACGCUUGGUUCGUUCUUUGUGUCUGCGAUUUUGCUGUAUGCCGGGUUCCAGAUCGGGUGGGGGUCCUUGAUCGACAUCAUGACGCCGGUUCUCCCCCACGGAGUCAUGGACAUGAUCCAGUCCCUGCCGAUCCACGGCCAUUCGCACACCCACACCCAUGUGCACGACCACCACGACGCGCACGAGGCUGUGCAGGGCGCCGACAUCAACGCGGCCUGGCUGGCCUUGGCGUCGAUCGGGGCCAAGGAGUGGCUUUUCCGGGCCACCAGCCGUGUUGGCGAGCGUCUCAACUCCAAAGUUCUGAUUGCCAACGCGUGGCACCACCGUGUGGACUCGUUGACGUCGGUGGUGGCUCUUGUGACCAUCUCGUCUGGCUAUUUCCUCAACAUCUACUGGCUAGAUUCGGUGGGAGGACUGCUUGUUUCUGUUUUGGUGAUGAAAGUCGGACUUUCUGGCCUAUUCCAGUCGUUUAAAGAACUCACCGACAAGGCCCUGCCAACCAACGACCCAAGAUACAUCUCUCUUAGAACGUUGACCGAGCAACAGCUCGCCAGAGAAGACAGCGUGCUCAAGGUGGACAAGAUGUCUGUGCUACCAUCAGGAACAAAUAUGAAUGUGAUUGUGGAUCUAAGUGCUAAGGAGAAACACUACACCAACCAUCUGACUUUGGAGCAGAUGAGUGAGAUUGGCGAGGGCUUGAAAAGACAACUCAAACACAACUACACCAACCUGAAGACGGUUUCUGUGCAGUUUGUGCCGGAGACAGAGCCACACCAACAUGACUAG